CCGAUUUAUCGAAUAACGAUAAAUUAUAUUCAGGCCUGCAUCUGUAUUUAUUUAAAAUAGAUAUAUCAUAUUUCAAACAUACGUACGAUGCCGAUUCAUAGCAUCGUAAUUCAGAACCAACACAAUGAAAUAAGAUUAUAGUGAAAUGUUCAAACAACAAGUGUCGCCGCGGAGCGUCCACCCGUACCAGACGACGAUGGUGCCGCGAAGCGAACAGCAGUUCGUUUCUGCAGCUCAACAAAGGGCCAAGUUUCCUUGGGCGGAAGACAUCAACCCGCCCGUAUACCAGGUCGCGGGAACGGACAGCUCCACCUCAGACACUGCUUACCAUGUUCCUCACUACUAUAAUGAAGAUAUAAGAGAGUAUGGUCCACCAUCACCUGUCUACCAGUCUCCAUAUGGGGCUGGUACAUGGAGGAGCUACAAAAGAGGCGAGAAGCUUCCCAUGCACACGGCAGCGUCACAAGCAUACACCUUUCCCGAGUGUGCUUCAGCAUUCUCACUGCCAAUAUGUGAUAUGGAAAACCGUAUGAAGCCUCUUGGAAGGUCACCGGUGCCUCCUAUACCUUCAGCCAGCCCUGAACCCAUGAUUGGUGCCUGUGGCGGCCACUGUCCUGGAUUUGAAUAUGUGUGCUAUUACAUUUUACAGGUGAUAUUUGUUGUAGGAAUAUUAACUGGGAUCUCAUUGUGUAUCGCUGGAAUUGUGUUAAGGCGUACCAACAGAAAUGGAGACUUAGGAGUCUUAGUUUAUAUAGGAUGCCUGUCUUCCUGUGUGUGCUGUGUGCUGCUCGGCGUGCAGUGCUGCGUUCGGCGCGAGAUCCGGCAACGUAAGCUGCGCACCAACGUGCACAUACCCUUACAGCCCAUACAGGAAGCGCCUGCACCAGCUUGUCCAUUAUUGUCAUCCACACUACCUCAUAGCCAAGUAUAUAGACCAACUGCCAUUCUUUGCCAAGAAGAAGAUGUGACUGGAAUUCCCUGGUGGCGCAGAACUACAAGAGACUGAAUAGGUUUAAGUUUGUUUACCUUAGUGUAUAUGAAAUUAUAUUUUGUGUAACAAUUAAGCUAAACUAAUUGUUUUUUUUAUUAUAUAAGAAUGUUGGAAUGACAUUGAAAUCAAAUAAUAAAAUCAUAAAUCUCACCUCA